GGACUGCAUCUGAAUUUGAGAGUUUGCGUUACAUGUACCUUCACUAUGUGCAGCCUAUUUAUGAAGAAAGUUCGAAGGAAUUACAGGAGUAAAGCUGGUGAUUCAGACGAGGAGCAAAGUCAAGAGUCUGAAAGCUUAUAUGAUGAAGCCGUUAAAGAAAUAACGUCUCAAAGCAAACCUGAUGUCCCGUCAAUAAAGAAGAAUAAGAGCGUUUUAAGUUUCGAGGAUGAUCUUGACCCAGAUGAUGGUGAUACAUUUAAAGUUAAAAAAUCUUCAAUGAGUCGUAAGAUUACUAAACAAACGAAAGAAAGUAGAAAGAAGAAAACCCAUGAAAAUGACGGCCUAAAGAUAGUCGGUGACUUUCAUAAGAAUUUAGUUUCAUAUGAUGAAAGCUCUCCUGAUCCCGAAGAGAAUCUUGAGAAUUUAAGAAAAGAAUUAUUGAAUUUAGCUGAAGAUGAAACAACUCCUGAAGUAGUUCCAUCUGUGAAAUCCGAACCCAGCAAUGUGAAUUCAAUGAUAAAGCAGGGUGUGAUCCCUGAUGCAGCAACAAUACAUUUGGCUCGUAAACAACGUGAGAAGGCUAAAAGUCUUAUUGAAUCAUCUGAUCAUUCACCUACCUAUUAUUCAUCUAAUAAAAAUGAUGGUAGACGUUUAGUGAGAGAAGAUGAUGACGAUGAUGAGUUGAAUGAUGAUGAAGAUGCCAGUGAUAUGACAACUGUCUCAUUUUCAAACUCUGCCAGUGAAAUAAGACCAGUUUUUAUUGUUAGUAAAGACCGUGAAACUUGUAGUAAACGCGCAGUUAUAGGUGCUCGCUUGAAUCGUCGUGAAGAAGAAUUGAAAUGCAUUCGGGAAGAUUUCAUGGCCGCUGAACAUGGUAGUGAUCGAGACAGUGAUCAAGAGAUUGAAUGGGAAAGACAACAACUUCAAAAGGCUAUUAUUAAUCAAAAUCCUGCUGUUUUAGAAGCUAUUCAACCGAUUCUUGGUACUGAAGAUUCUAAUAAUACUACAACACUUGCAGAUAGUACUAUACUUGGUGGAUUAAGCGUUACAGAUAUAACAUUGCCAAAAUUAAAAGAUAAUUUACAAGAGAAAUACGACAAGUUGAAUCAAUCACUAACCAUGCACAAGACAUCAUUAGAAGAGGCGAAACGUGAUUUAGAACGUGGCAAGAUAGUAAUUGCAGAUGCUCGUGAAAAACUUCCUAACUUAGCAAAACAAUUCAUGUUCUAUCAAGAAAUGAAAGAUUAUAUUGAUGAUUUAAUAUCCUGUUUCAAUGAAAAGAUGUCAAAAAUAGAAUAUCUGGAGAAACGUUCUAUCAUAAUAUUUCGUGAACGUUAUGACAAAUUAGUUGAACGUCGACGUAUGGAUAUGAAAGAUAUGGCUGAUACAGUAUCUCAGCCAACCAUAUCAUCUACAUGUGCAUCUAGAACACCUGAAGAAGUAAAACUUUUUGAAGCCAGACGUAAAAGAUGUGCUGAACGAGAAUCCCGACGAAUACGACGUCAACGUGCUAGAGAAUUACAAAAUCCUAAUGUCAUACAAGUUCACGUUGAUGGAACUAGUACAGAUGAUGAAGAACCACAGGCUGCAAUUGUUAAACGUUCAGCUGAUAUAGACGCUUUACUAGUUGAUGCAAAUGCUUUAUUUGAAGAUGUUAUUGAAGAAUUUUGUGAAUUACCAUUAAUCCUUGAAAGAUUUAUAGAAUGGCGUAAUAAAUAUCCUGAAUCAUAUCAACAAGCUUAUAUAUCAUUGUGUUUACCACAAUUAUUCAGUCCUAUAAUACGAAUUCAAUUGAUUGGUUGGAAUCCUUUAAAUAAUCAUGCUAAUCCAAUUGAAGAAAUGAAAUGGUUUCAAGAUUUGUUAGAUUUUUGUAAUCUUCCAUUAGUUGACAAUAAUAAAAAUGCAAAGUCAACUCCUUUAAAUAAUAAUAAAACCGAUAAAAGCAAUAAUAAUAAUAAUGAAAAUAAAAAUGGCAGUAAUCAUAAUGCUAACAAUUUCGAUAAAACUUCCGGUAAUCUUGAUGAUGAUCUUCGUAUAAUACCAAAGUCAAUUGAAAAGAUUGUUUUACAACGAAUAAAUGAUCUAGAAAUAUUUCCGCUGCCUAUGUCACUGGAAUAACUCCUCCGAAGUUUAUUAAAGUUGAAAUAUCUUGGCUUGGGAAUAUACAUAUAUAUCGCGAGCAUUAACAGUGCAUAAUUAAAUGUAUUGAUUCCGGUAUAAUGCUUCCUGUGAAUCUUUUAUCUUCCAUAGAACUAGUCUCCGCUUCAUGGGAUCCUUUAUCAGAGAAACAAUCUUUACAACUUGUCAAUUUAAUGCGUAAUUUAUGCUCAACUUAUCCAACAAUUUGUAUUGGUAGUCGUCCAACAGAAAAAUUAUUCACUUCCAUUGUUAAACGUAUUGAAAAUACAAUACAAGAAGAUAUUUUCAUACCACUCUAUUCAAAAACUCUAAUGCAACAUCGUCAAGGUCCGGCCUUCAUAUUCUUCGAGCGCCAAUUUAACAUGGGAUUAAAGGUGAUACGCCCUUUUUUAUCGUCUAAUUUUAUAAUCGUUAACUUUAUAUUAAAAUAUUUUCUGUUGGGUAGUUGUGUAGGAACGUUUAAAACAGUUAAUCAUCACUAUGAUAUGGUAUCAACGUUCCCAUCCAUUUAGAUAGUUACAUCAAGGUCUAAAUUUAGAUAUGUAGCCAUUGGAAAGGAAAGGAUUGAGCAUCCGUUUCUUCCUACAAUAAAAUACUUCAACAACCCAGAUCUUAUGUUUUACUGCCUAAUCUUUGUUCAGAAAUUUAUUGUGGAAAACCUUGGUUUCUACCAUGUUAGUCAUUUACCAUCAAAGCUUCAAUUUGUGCUCAACUAAUAGACGUCAGUGUUAUAACUUGUGGAUAUAACAGUCAGUACUGACGGUGUUAUAGGUCCAAAUCGUUUACAAAAGAGCACAUCAGUUCUCUUAAAGAGUAAAAGCAUACUUUACCGACGAGAGACAGCUAGAGCAAAAUAUUCUGGUUAGUGUGGUCAUAUUGCAGAUUGAUCAAUACUGAAUGACUAAACGAUAUGAUAUUGGUUGUUGGUAUUGGUGUAUUACAUAUUAUAUUGAAAUUAAUUACCCUUAUGCAUUACCAUCCUAUUGACUGAAUCAAGUGUGAACUUGUUUCUAAAUUUGAUUUCUUCAUAUUCUAUGUAGAAUAUCAAAUAACACUGACAACGGCCUGACGUUCUAAUAAACACAGCCAUCAUCUAAUUACAGCCUGACACAAAUGUACGCUGGUCCAAUUUGCCAUAACUGAUUAGCAUAACAAGAUGUAAAUACCAAAAAAAUCAUCAAAGUGAUAUAUUAGCAGUGAUAGAAAAGAAAGACUAAACGGUUGAAAUAUGAUUUAAAAAGUCAAUGGCAAUGUAUGUAUGAAAGAGUACCGGAAUUCAUGAUCAGGGGAAAAAUAAACAAUGAAUUCAUCUUGCACCGAUGCGAAUGAUUCUGAGUUACGUCACCCAACUAUCUUUGACCUCUGGUAGCGGUUAUCAUGCGAAUCCCAACUAGACAGUCCGCAAUUACAUGACUCAGUUCAAUAUUGAAUGAUUACAUGAAUUAAUACCACGUUUUAAUUUGACUUCCCUUAAAUUGCCGCUCACCAGCAUUCUCCAUCCAACUCUGUCCUGAGCCUUCCUUUCCAGUUCUUUCCAGUGGCUAUUCAUCCUUUUCAUAUCUGCUUCUAUUUCCCGACAUAAUGUGUUCUUUGGCCUUUCUUUUUUUCGAUUCCCUUCCGGAUUCCAAGUUAGGGAUUGCCUUGUAAUGCACAUUUGUGAUUUCCUCAAUGUAUGUCCUAUCCACUUCCAACAUCAUUUCCCUAAUUUCCUCUUUAGCUGGAAGUUGGUUAGUCCUCUCCCAUAAAAUGCUUUUGCUGAUAGUAUAGCAUAAGCGACCGCCCACUAGAACUUUAGUUAACGUUAGUUAGUUCACGUAUAUUAUAAUUCAUUUAAAGUAACAUUUUAUUUUUUUCGAAUAAAGUGUUACAUUCAUUCUGUUCAUUUUUAGCUUUUAAAAAAUAUUCUACUAUGGAUCAAUCUACUCAGUAUGGAUACAUUAAAACAUAUUAGUCUUACUUGUUUAAUUAAUCGUUAUCUGCUAGUUGGAUUAGCUUGUUUAUUAUCAGUUGUUACCCUGAAAUCAAAUGAAGAAAAAUCAAAUACACCAAUGAAUUCAUCAUUUCCUAUUGGAUUAUCAAUUGAUCAAUCUGGUUCAUUAGCAUUUCGUGAUGCUGUACAAAAACUAAAAAGUAUAGUUGAUUUAUUACCUCGUGAAUGGUUGAAAUCAUCCAUUACUUCAGUAAAACAAGAUGAUGAUCAUAAUAAUAAUAAGGAUGAUGAUGAUCAUGAUCAUGAUGAAUCUUCAAAACAAACAUCAUUAACUGUAGUUUCAGAUCCACUUAGUCAAAUUAAAAGAUUUUUAACACAAUUAUUAGAAAAUAUACCACCUACUCGUAUGUAUUCAGAUAUUAAUGUUGGUCAAGCAGAUAUUCAAAUCAUUGAACGGGAAUGUAUGGGAACGUUGUUACAACUACGAGAUUUAUUAAAGAAUUGAUCCUAUAUAUAUCUAUGAUGAAAUACCUACGUUACAUUCAAGUGUGUGUGUGUGUAUAUGUGUCUAUGUUUAUAUGCAUAUAUAUAUGUACAUAGUUUUGUUUUAAUAAUAUCAUCAUCAAUGAGUACAUUCAUUUUGUAUCUAAGUGAAAAACAUGUUCAUUCUCCAGAAUUUUUUUUUGGAAAAAAAUACAUGUAAACUUGUAUAAAAAGAAAGAAGUACUGAAGAUUCCCUUUCAAUGGGUGUUUUUUCUUCUUUUUCUAAAUAUAUUUAUAUAUACUUUGAGUUGUGUAUAAUGUUGCUGUUAUCCCCCUGAUGUACUACUACUACUACUACUACUACGACUACGACUACGACUUCUACUACUACUACUACUACUACUACUACUACUACUACUACUACUAACACCAAUAUCUAACAUGUUCGAAUUAUUUUUUAUUUUUUCCAGACUUGUUAUGACUUUUAUUCAAUUUUAUGAUAUCACUUUUUUAUUAUGAUUAAAUUACAUAUGUGAAUG